AUGGCCGCUCGCGACGACACCGAGCCGUCUAGACGCGACUACAAGGCCCCGUACACCCCGCACCACCCCGUUCCCACCAUCGGCCGCUACCGCGAGGAGAAGGCCCAGCGCGAGGCCCAGCACGCUCCCACCUCUGGCCAGGAUGAUCCAACAUGGACCGAGCGAGCUGCAGGUACCGCAAAGGCGUACUGGAGGGGUGAGAGGCCCCAGGACGACGCCGGCUCCUCUGCUCAGCCGUACCCGAGCCAGAACAAGAAUCUGAUCGAGCUGGAAGACGAUCAGGGUGCCCCCCAGAAUCAGGGCCGUGACGAGGAGCCAAUGGACCCCGCCCACGACAGCGCCGCUCAGAAAGACGGUGAAGAUGGUGGAGACGUUGCCGAGGACACCUCCGAGGCCACCAUGGCAGCGAGGGACGCCAAAGAACGCCGGAAGCAGAUGAAAAAGAAGAGCGACGACCCGACCGAGCGGACUGUGACUGACCCCGUCACCCACCUGCCCAUCACCAUCCACGACUUCACCAAGAAUGACCUCAAGACUGCCCCUCAAAACGAACCGGCCGCAGGCACCCACCGACGUACCGCUACCGGCACCAGUGCCAAGGGCAAGGACGACGACGAUCUCCGCGACGAGGCCACUGAAAGCCAGGCCUAUCACUCGGGCAUGGAAAUGCUCUUCCCGCCGCCGGACUUCGACAACGUACGCGUAGAGCUGACGAGCAUCUACAAGACCGCCACCACAGUCGGCUUGUCUCUGGUCGUGGCCCUGACCGCCGGCUUGCUGACUUUGGCACGGCUCUUCAUCCACUCGGAAUUCCGCUUCCAGGUGGCUGCUCCGGUCAUUCUGCUCGCGACAUUGGGUGCAGGAGCCGCGGUCGUAUGGGCAGUGCGUGACUGGGUCGACAAGAAGGUUGCUGGUCUGUGGGACGAUGAGACUUGGGAGGCCGAGAGGCAGAGGGGGAAGGAGUUGGCAAAGGCCGAGAUGCCCGAGUCGACUCAGUGGCUCAACUCUCUUCUUGCGUCCAUCUGGCCAUUGGUGAACCCCGAUCUUUUCACCAGCCUGGCCGACACUCUCGAGGACGUCAUGCAAGCCAGUUUGCCCAAAGUAGUGAGAAUGGUCAGCGUCGACGAUCUUGGUCAAGGAAGCGAGUCCAUCCGCAUCUUGGGUGUUCGUUGGCUACCUACUGGCGCUGCCGGCAUGUCCGUGUCAAAGAGUGGGAAGCUCAAAGGCAAUGGCGACUCGAAGCACAGCGACCGCACUGUCUCGGGCGAAGGUGAGGCGCAGAGCGUCCAAGGUAAUCGGGGCGAAGAGAAGAGCCCGCAGAAGCUGCAGGAGGAUGAAAAUAUUGGAGAAGGCAUGGAAGCCGAAGAAGGCGAUUUCGUCAACGUAGAGAUCGCCUUUUCGUACCGCGCGAGAACCGCUCGUCGUGGCAUCCGAGAUCGAGCCAAAAACAUGCAUCUUUACUUGGCCUUUUACCUCCCUGGCAACCUUCGACUGCGUAAGUAA